AUGUGUGGUCUACCCCUAAGUUCCAGGAGGACCGCAAGGUAAGGACGGGCUCUUUAAUUUGAUUGGGAAUGGACUCAGCCGUAUUCCGAAUUACAAAGUAGAAGAAACAUGUGAUGGAUUAACUGGCGACUGAUUAAACUGAACGACUGACAGCGCGAAAAUUUAAUUCCGAAUCGAAAGUAUUUUGUAGAACGCGUGAGAAUUAUUCCAACGGCAUUGUAAACACGCCGCUGGUUUGACUAAUUUGAUAUCGACUUGGAAAUGCUACGAAAAAGGGGACAAAACAGUUAAUAAUAAGGGACAGCAGAAUGAGCCACGUUAAGGAAGAGAUCAAUGCUCGCAACGACGAGACAGAGCAGGAAACGGCGUACAACAAUGCACGCGCAAAAACAAGCAUACUAUCCGAUCGGUCAGCCAAUCAGCAGGCGCGCAGCCGAUCGCCGAGCACACCUGUAACGCUCCCCGGAUUGGAUUGGGUUGUUUAGGUGAGGUAAACACGCUUUUGGCGAGAGUCCAGGGUGGUGACGGUGUAACCGCAUGUCAGUGGAAAUAGCCGGUGACCUGCCCCGUAUAACCAAAGAUUCCUCCCUCGUAACUCUCAUCAUAACCAUUCUCCCCUUCACGUUCUAUGCCGAAUCUUCCACGGCCCUACCCUGCAGUUCCUCCUAGCGCUGCAUGCCCCACCGGCCGUUUAGGAAGCAUGUUGGGGUCAUCUCCCCACUCGGAGGGAUCAUCCCUUUUGCUGUACUUCCGUUUAUCUGUGUAUCAUUUAUCAUUUUCUGAUGUGCUUAACGCCCCUUUUCUGGCAUAUUUAUAGCACCAUUCAGCUUUAAUUUUUCCUUGCUUGAAUGAGAAUGAUGACAUGUUUAACAACCCUGUUCAGUUCAUUCUAAGCCAGGAAUUAUCCCAAGUGCGUCACGUUACCCUGUGCCUUCUGCCCCCAACGUCUUCGGCCGCUAUACACCAUGUGGGUGCAGGGCCAACAGUCAAACAAUCAAGAUUGUCCUGGUUGGAGGGCAAAGCUCGAGAAACAAUUUGUCACCACUUUCUUUUAGGGAGGCGGAUCCAUAAAGACUGUUUUCGACUUCAGACUCGUGUUGAGACUUUUUUCCCAUGCCUCAACACAUAAUGUGAGAAAAAAUGCCGGCAAGGAAUAAAUAUAUGCGCGGGAUGGGAAGAUACUAGCUGUUGUUUAACAAAUUCACAAGCGCUUUAACAUUCCUGCUUUACUGGCAGACGUAUGCGUUUCGUCUAACGAUAUUUAGAGUAGUUAUUUACAACCCGACUGCUCUCGGUGCCGAAUUUUUGUUUAAAAGCGAACUUUCUUCUAACCCGCCAAUUACGUGUUUGGGUUGCUGAACAAUGAACUAAUGUAGAAAUUUCGGCAGCACCGACUCCUCGAGGCGGCACAGGCCAGUAAAUGUCAUCCUGCCGACGAAUGGCCGACCAAGAACCCUACCGAACAACACCUACUUUUGAACAUAAUGUAGGCAGUUCUCCAGUUUUUCCUUACCAUGCACAUAUACUUGACCCUUACCAAAAUACCUUCUUACAUUCAAUCUUCCUUGGGACGCACGUAGCUUGAAAGAAUGACUGAAUAGGUUUGUUGACGUGUUGGAAGAGGUCCCGCACAAGAGAGUGCAGUCCAAUCCGGCAGUUCGACGGUCGAUUCCGACGAUGUUUACAGUGUACUCAACAGAAGGAUGGAAGCAGGGACGGUGACUUGAGCGGGAAUUAGUUUAAAGUGAUGGUAGACUUGCGAAGGAUAUACUGUACUCCCUCCUCCUUCCCCGUCUGGAUCACGGUGUCGAGGCAGAGCAAAGAAGGCCGGAGGUGAGGGAGGCAGCAGGUGGAUGGCAGGAUGCAAAUCCGCACCUAGACGUACUAUCACAACCCCUGGUCUCAGCACACACUGACAAGGAUUUCAUAGCACAUGGACCCCAAUUGGCGCGGAAUGGACCGGCACAUGGACGCGGCACCAAACUCUCGCUGUGGUCAUUUGUUAUUGAUGCGCAUUUCCGACAAAGCCUGUUGGAUUCCGAUAUAGCCCCUGUGUUGCUCCAAUGCAUUUGCCGCGUGGCCCGGGGUGUAGGGGUGUCCAGUUGUGGGUCCGCGUGAUUUUCUUAAUAAUAUAAUAAUAAUUUUUAUUAAAGUCCCGUCGGGGUCACAUCAAAGCACUUGUUUGCGGGUAUUGACUGCGCCUAGUGUCCAUUAAAUAAUACCCAACUCCCACAUGCGGCUCAUAGAAGCUAGGUCUGGCCUAGAGGUCACACUCCAGCAACUGACUCGACUGGCGGGCUAAAUCAGUUUGAGGGUACCCGGCGUUGUGGGUGUCCCCAAACCUGGAAAAUCGGCUUCCCACCCCUAUUCCCUUCACCCAUUCUCACCUCCCUCCGCACCAUCUGUGACUACUCCCUACCUCCAUCCUCAUCUCAACUCUCCUCCCACUUCUAUUUACCAUCUCGCACUUCCCUUCCUCUUAUUCUGCUCUCAAAUAUUCCUGCCCCCCUACUAUAAUAUCUUCCCUCAUGUUCGAAAAGUCCAACGACGAGGGUGAAAAGUACUAACGUAGGCGGCUCAGGCCAAUCAGGUAGCUCUCUUACUAAACCUAGUGACCCAUACUGGAGUUCGGCAGCCAUUUGUGACGACUAAGCAGCCCCAUCUAGAGACAGUUCUGCAUGUCCCCUCGGGGAAGGGGAGGAGGGGGCUGAAAAAGGAUGCCCUAAACGAAUGUUGGGUCCAUGACAUCUGUGCGCAGACCGUGGUUAUCAGAUUUCAGUACAAGUUGUCGAAACAACGAAACAACAAUUCCUCUUUUACCUCCCUCUCCUACGCCCCACCUCACAGGUUGCUAGGGUAAGUUUACUCACUCUGACAGCCUGGAAUGUUCGUCCCCUUUUAGACAAUCCGAGGAUCAACCGACCGGGACGGAGGAAGGCGCUAGUUACUCGAGAACUGGCGCGCUACAAGAUGAACACCACUGCACUCAGCAAGACCCACUUUUCCGAACAAGGAAACUGGAGGAGGUGGGUGCCGGCCGCCCAAAGGCAAGGCGACGAGACUCAGGCGUCAACUUUGCCAUCCGGAACGAAAUCUUGAGACUACUGCCCUGUCUGUCGCAGGUCAUCAACGACCGACUGGUGGGCCUGCGCCUGCCUCCUCGGGGAUCCCAAUUCGCCACCAUCAGCGCCUACGCCCCAUCAAUGACCGGCCCACACAAGACGAAGACCAACUUCUACGAGGACCUGCACGCCUUCUUGGCGUCUCUGCCAAAGACGGACAUUCUGGUUGUCGUUGAUGACUUUACUGCCCGCGUCGGAGCAGACUGUGCUGCCUAG